GCCUGACCGGGAAGUACAUUCUUUUGAGGAGUACUUGCUCUCACCAUCAUGAAAGUCCACGUCAUUGCCCUCGUCGCACUUUUAGCAGCAAGUCUUACUUCCAUUGUGGCUAUUAAGGACAAAGUGCAAGAUGCCCCUGGACGUAGUCGUUUCCAAAAAACCCACAGCUAAGAGCAAAAUGGAUCGAGGCCUUGGGGAAAGACGUGAACUGGGUGCCGCCAGAGUGGAGCCGAGUUUGCUCGAAGCACUUUCACCAAGCGACUUCGUCCAAACGCAGUCUCUCGUCCGACUUCGUCCAUGUGCAGUUCCCAAAUUUUUCCCACAACAUGACCAUGCUGGAACCACAAGUGGGGCUGAAGCUACAGUGGAAGGCACAAUGGACAUCCCUACUGAAGACAGCACCCUGUCACACAUUUCACAAGUGCCCCCUGUAGAAGAGGUUGCUUCUACAUCAUUCGCAGCACCACUGCAAACACAGGGGCGAGCCAUAGAGACUAGCUUUGAGCUGCUGUGGGACCCUCUCACCACUAUGGAAAUGGAAGUGGAUAGUUGCAGUCCUUCCACGGAACACCUCCCUGUUGAGCUGGUGUCCCAAAUGAGCCAGGUAGUGGCUCCACCAUCACUGAUGAACCUCGUGACACAAAAGGGCACGUCACCAAUUCCCUGUGACUCUCUGGUUGACAUGCAGGCGGAGAGUUCUAGUUCUGUGAUGGGAGGUGCACCCUCUGUGGAGCAAGUUCAACAGGAAUCCCCCGUGCUAUCACAAGAAUACAUGGAGGAAAAGGAACAGCAUGUUUCUGAACUCCUGUGGGACCCUCUUGUCAGUGUGGACACUGAGGAAGCUGAAGGACCACGAGAGGUACAUAGUACUUCUGCUCUGACAAAGGAAAACAGUGUAGAGCUCCCCUUAACUUCACUUGGGGUAUCAUCAUCUCCCUAUGCCAUGAUGACCUAGUUGUGCAUAUAUGCUCUUUCAUGUAAUGUGACGUAAGUGCCCUUGGAAACGACAGAAUAUAGUAGCCCUUACGCUCCCACAUUUGAAGUUUACUGUUGAGUGCUGUCGUAAUGGGGUCCCAAGUAGUGUUCUCAGAGUACAUGUGGC